CCAUCACAUCUCCUUCCAAGCAUUCAGAUACUCCGAGAUAACCGCCCUCCAUCGCUACAAUGGCGUUACAAAUUCAUCAUGUUUGCCGGCCGAUUCUGCCGCCGCCGUCAACUGGAUCACGGUCGUCAUGGCCGACUAAACAGUUUACCAUCGGCAGAGACGUUCACCGAUCGGUUGCUUCAACCAAGUCGAUCGCUAGUAAAACCAGAAAAAACUUGAGGUCUUCGGUGAGGGUGAGAUCGAGCUUGGAGAUGUCCGGUCCAACGGUCGUUGUAGGUCAGGUUACCGAGGUUGAUAAGGAUACAUUUUGGCCAAUCGUUAAUGCCGCUGGUGAUAAGACCGUUGUUCUGGAUAUGUACACUCAAUGGUGUGGUCCUUGCAAAAUUAUAGCUCCAAAAUUCCAAGAAUUGGCUGAGAAGUAUCUUGAUGUUGUCUUUCUAAAGCUUGACUGCAAUCAAGAAAAUAAGCCAUUGGCAAAGGAGCUAGGCAUAAAGGUGGUACCUACCUUCAAGAUUCUUAAACAUGGUAAGAUUCUAAAAGAAGUCACUGGAGCUAAGUUUGAUAGUGUAGUUGCUGCAAUGGAGGAUGUUAGAUCCAGUUAAGUUAAACCCUGUGUGUAUAGUGUAUACCUUAAGCGUUCAUAUGUUUAAAAUUAAUCUAAAUCCUAAACUCAUUUUCCUUCAA